AUGUGUCAACUAUUGGCAACAACAAGUGUUCCACAAUUUUUGUUUCUACAAUUUUUUACUGAAAAAAUCGAAAUUUGGAAUUAAUUGUAUGAAAACACAACUAUCGAGAACCCUAGGCAUGGAAUUAAUUAAAACUCCAAAGGUGGAAAAUGUUCGAAUGCUGGAUAGAUACUCAAAAACGCCAUCUCAAGGAACCCUUUAUUUAACUGCAACUCAUCUCAUUUUCGUAGAUCCAGAUGCUAAAAAGGAAACAUGGAUACUACACAUGCACAUAGCUAACUUGGAAAAGCUGCCUCUGACGACUACUGGGUCACCUCUACUAAUAAGAACCAAAACAUUCCUUUCAGUUACUUUUGUAGUACCCAAGGAGAGAGAUUGUCAUGAUAUAUUUGUUAGUCUCCAGCAGCUGUCUCAACCCCUGAGGUUCCAAGAUCUGUACUGCUUUUCUUAUACACCUCCAGCAGAAGAAAUCCAGAGAUCAGAGGGGUGGGGCUUAUUUGACUUACAAUCUGAGUACCAGAGAAUGGGGGUGCCGAAUGACCAGUGGUGCUUGUCAAAUUUGAAUGUGGACUAUGAACUCUGUGAUACAUAUCCAAAGCACAUUUAUGUGCCAGUUACUGCAAGUACUGCUACUCUGUUGGGGAGUUCUAGAUUCAGAUCCAAGGGGCGUCUUCCAGUACUGUCUUACCUGUACAAAAAUAAGGCAAGCAUAAGCAGGUGCAGCCAGCCUUUGUCAGGUUUCAGUGCUAGGUGCUUGGAAGAUGAAAAAAUGUUGACUCAUGUCCUGAGGACCAAUCCUAAUGCUACUUUUAUGUAUGUUGUUGAUACCAGACCCAAAAUAAAUGCUAUGGCUAAUAGAGCAGCAGGAAAAGGGUAUGAAAAUGAGGCCUUCUAUGAGAACAUAAAAUUCCAUUUUCUUGGUAUAGAAAACAUCCAUGUCAUGAGGAACAGCCUCUCCAAAAUUAUUGAAACUUGCGAACAGAGGAACCCGACGAUGACGAGCUUCCUCAGCGGCCUGGAGUCCAGCAGCUGGCUGCGCCACGUCAAGGCCAUCUUGGACACGUCGCAGUUCAUCGCCGACGCCCUUUCCGAGGGCGUCAGCGUCGUCGUGCACUGUUCCGACGGCUGGGACAGGACGGCGCAGGUGUGCUCGCUCGCUUCCAUUUUGUUGGAUCCUUUUUACAGGACGCUUUCCGGAUACCAAACGCUCAUCGAGAAGGACUGGCUGUCGUUCGGCCACAAGUUCUCCGAACGGUGCGGCCACAUACGCGCCGAGAGCAAAGAGAUAUCGCCGAUAUUCGCGCAACUGCUCGACGCCACGUGGCAGCUGACGCAGUAUUAUCCUUCCGCCUUCGAAUUCAACGACCGCUUCCUCUACGACUUGCACGACCACGUGCACUCGUGCCAGUUCGGCACGUUCGUCGGCAAUUGCGAAAAAGACAGGCUGGACUACAGACUGUCGGAGAGCACAUACUCUUUGUGGGGCUACAUGGAAAAACACCUCCAAGAAUAUAGGAACCCCCUGUAUAGUUCCGAGGCAGGCCCUGAAAUUUUGAAUCCGAAUUUGAUACCUCAAAAUAUUAAGUUCUGGCGAGGCAUGUACUGCAGAUUUGAGAGCGGAAUCCAUCCACGCGAGCCACAAGCCGAUUUGUUAUUGGCCACCUCUGAUUACGCAUCAUCUUUGGACGAACACGUCAAAUAUUUGUCGAAGCGCUUGUCGCUCGUCAAAUCCCUCAUCUCCAAAACGAUGGAGAAGAAGAAGAGCAGGCCGCGCCGCGACCAGCUCUGCACCAACGUCUACCUCGACAACAAGCUGCUGUACGGGAAAAACACUGGCUCCGCCCCCGCAGAGCUGACCAGCGCCAAUCACGACCACCCGCUGAGAGCGCAGGAGAAGAGGGCGGCCAAUCACGACCAUCCGCUCAGAUCGCAGGAGAAGAGGGGGGCGGAAGGUGGGCAGCUGUGCGCCGACGCCAUUGUUAAGGAGAUGGAGUCGGUGGCGGUGGAUUGGAAGCCGAUGCGGAAUGUCACUGAGUGCAGUUGUUCGUUGACCUUGGAUCAGACCAGCAAAAAGAUGCACUGCAGGAAGUGCGGGGAUAUCUUCUGUCAGCGUUGCAUUUCGAAGAAUAUCGCUUUGCCAGGACACUUUUCCCAGAUCCCAGUACCUGUUUGUAAGACUUGUUUUGAUACCGUGGCUAAUUCUGCCGAAACUUAACGGAAACCGUAAUAUUUACAGAAAAAUUGUAAUUCUUGUGAUUCACCUUAUAAUUUUAUCAAUAUCUAGAGCGUUCUUUUUGCUCUCAUUUUCAAUCAGCAACGUAGGCACAUUCAAUGAUAAUAAUUGAAUAAUCCUAUCUCGUAGUAAUUGAUUGUUUGAGACAACUUUUUGGAUAAGGAAAGGAACACCUUGCGUGAAUAAUAUUUAUCAAAAUGGAUUAAAUAUUUGUAGUACUCAUGUGUAAAAUCCAAAAAAGUGAGUAAGUACCUGUGGUGUAUAAAGUUGUAUCUUAUACUCUUUGCUUAUUAUAGGAAGAAAUUCAAAGAAUUUUAUGAGAAUGGAAGAAAUUUGCUUAUAGGUAAUUUGAUUUCCUAAUAUAUUUUAUGAUACAU